GAGUUCAGGGAAUCGAAUCGCCGGUUGCAGCCUUUUUCGCCGGUGAGACGAUGGCGGACCAGGCGGUGCACAGAGCCGGCGUCUUGAAGCAGAAGAACAAGACGCACAAGAACGGGCGGCACCGCACCAAGGGCGAGAUCGACAGAGACCACAAGGGGCGUGUGACCGUCAAGGUCCUUACGAAGAAAGCGCGACGGGAGCUGAACCGGCAGGAACGGCGGAACAGAUCUACGCAGAUCAGAAAAAACAAGCGCGAUGCUGUCUUCAACAGCAAGCGGAUGGUGGGUAGCAAGGACGGGCCUCCCCACCUGGUCGCCAUCAUCCCGCUGCAUUCUGGGAUUAGCACCGGGGAGGCCGUGCGGCUGCUGCGCUCGUGCGACGAGACGGCGCGCGUGGAGGAUGGCCCCACAUCCGCCAGCGGCAGCGAUCGCCGCCCCUUCGGCCUAGUGCUAACGAGGCACAAGCAGCGGCUUUCCUUCAUCCAUGUGGAUCCUGGCGACGCCCACGCCUUGCUGGACGCAGCCAAGGUGGCCGACACACUGCUGCUCUUGCUGGAGCCCAGUGACGGGUGGGACGCGUCCGGGGAGCACUGCCUCUCGUGUCUCUUCGCCCAGGGCCUGCCCAGCUGUGUAUUCGGUGUAGUCGGAGCCUCGGAACUGCCGGCGAAGAGGCGCGCCGAGACACGCACGAAGCUGUGCCGCCUGGUGGAUCGGCGCGUGCCGGGCGCGCGCCCCCUGCCCCUCGACUCGGCGGGGGAGGCAGCGCUGCUGCUGCGCCAGGUGUGGUCCCAGCGGCGCGCGCGGGUGGCGUUCCGAGAGCGUCGCGCGCACAUGCUGGCCGAGCGCACGCAGCUGGUGCCAGGGGGCAGCGCGGACGGGGAGCCGGCCACGCUCCUCGGCACGCUCAAGGUCACCGGCUACGUGCGCGGGCGUCCUCUCAACGUCAACGGUCUGAUCCACCUCGUGGGCCUCGGCGACUUCCAAAUGAGCCAGAUCGACCUCGUCCCUGACCCGCUGACCCUGAACCCGCGAGUGCCGCGCAAGGCAAAGUCCUCCGCUGACGUGGAAAUGCAGGAAGACACGGAUGAGGUGCGGGUCCUGGUGAGGGCUGACCCCGCACGGCAGGUGCCCCUGGAUUGCGAGGCCGUGCCCGACCCAAUGGAGGGAGAGCAGACGUGGCCCACCGACGAGGAGCUCCGAGAGGCCGAGGAGUCCCUGGCUGCGAAGAAGCGAGAAGUCCGACGCGUGCCGCGCGGGACGUCCGACUACCAGGCGAGCUGGAUCAUAGACGGGGGUGGCGGCGGCGGCGAAGAUGACGACGAUGAAGAUGAUGAUGACGACGAUGAAGAUGAUGAUGAUGACGAUGACGACGCCAUGGAGGAGGUGGCCGAGUCCCAGCAGGGCAGCAUGGACGACGAUGCCAGCUCCGACGGUCGCGACGAGGAUGGGGGCAAGAGCGUGGCGGACACGGGCACGGUGUGCGACGAGGGCUACGACGCGAGGAUGGAUGAGGAAGAGGACCAGGUGGCACUGGAGAAGUACCGCGAGGAGAGGCUCGACCGCAUGUUCCCCGACGAGGUGGACACGCCCAAGGACGUCAGCUGCCGCGUCAGGUUCCAGAAGUACCGCGGGCUCAAGAGCUUCCGCACGUCGCCCUGGGACCCCAAGGAGAACCUCCCGCUGGAGUACGGGCGCAUCUUCCAGUUCCAGAACUUUGCGGCGGCGCGCAAACGCGUGCUGCGCGACUCUCAGCAGGACGAGGAGGCUGCGGCGCUCGGCUUGUACGUGACGGUUCACAUCCUCAACGUACCCCUGGACUUGUUGGAGGGGCGCCAGCCAGACGCUCCGCUUGUCCUCUUUGGACUCCUACCACAUGAGCACAAGAUGUCGGUGGUGCACUUUGCGGUGCGGAGGCACCCGGGCUGCACGGAGGUGGUGAAGGCCAAGGAGGAGUUGGUGUUCCACUGCGGAUUCCGGCGGUUGCGAGCAAAGCCCAUCUUCUCGCAGCACACUGGAGGCGACAAGCACAAAAUGGAGCGGUACCUGCGGAGCGAUGUGCCGAUCGUCGCCACGGUGUACGCACCCAUCAUGUUCCCGCCUGCUUCUGUGCUCGUCUUCAAGCAGCAUCCCGGUGGUUCUCAGGAGCUGCUGGCGACGGGCUCGCUGCUGAAGCCGGACCCUAACCGCGUGGUGGUGAAGCGUUUGGUUCUCAGCGGCCACCCGUUCAAGAUCAACAAGAAAGUCGCCACACUGCGAUACAUGUUCUUCACCAGAGAGGACAUCAUGUGGUUCAAGCCGGUGGAGCUGAGGACGAAGUGGGGGCGUAGAGGUCACAUCAAGGAACCCCUGGGCACACACGGCCACAUGAAGUGCGUUUUUGACGGGCAGCUCAAGUCGCAGGACACGGUGCUCAUGAACCUGUACAAGCGAGUGUUCCCGCCCUGGUCCUACGACACGCACGUUCCGCAGCCAGCGCCGUGGGAGCCCGGGCGGGAGGCAGAGCGUGUCUCCCAGCGCGAGGACGCCCACGAGGACGAGAUGGAGUGAAGGGACCGUGACACAGAGACGGCCCAUCGUGAGAAAUCGGCCAAAUAAAAAAAAUCGAAUUGGUGACGGGGCCUGCUGGACGCGACUGUUGAGCAGGGGGUGGAACGUGUGGCUCACGGGCUAGACGCGCGCCCCGUGACUUCGUUUUAUCUGGCCUGACGACCUGCAGAUGGAAAGAAGGGGACCGUGAUGAGAAUGGCUGUCAUUAGACUCGGCCGAAU